CCUCAUGGUGCGAUAUUUUUGUCUUAUUGAUGUGAAGUUUGAUUUUGUCUCUGUUUUCCAGAAGAAAAAAAAAAAAAAAAAAACCUAUCUACGUAGCUAACUGGAUGUGUGUGCACUUGUGGUACAUGGCUUUGAUACUCUUGCAGGUGACACAACAGCACAAUGAAGACUGCAAGAGACUAUUAAGACUUAUGGAUGUCCCAGUUGUUGAGGCUCCUUCAGAAGCACAGGCACAAUGUGCUGCACUUUGCAAAGCUGGAAAGGUUUAUGCAGUUGCUUCUGAAGAUAUGGAUUCCCUUACUUCUGGAGCUCCUAUAUUCCUUCGACAUUUGAUGGAUCCCAUCUCAAGAAAAGUUCCAGUUAUGGAAUUUGAAAUUUCCAAGAUACCAGAUAAUUGGCCCUAUAGUGAAGCUCGCCUGCUUUUCAAGGGGCCAAUAGUUUCUACAGAAGAACAACCUGAGAUAAAAUGGACUGCUCCAAACGAGGAGGGCUUAAUUUCCUUUCUCGGGAAUGAGAAUGGGUUCAACAUUGACAGAGUGACGAAUGUAUGGCUUCUACCUUCAGUAAUGUGUUGGCGAUAGAGAAGAUUAGGGCAGCUAAGGAUGAGUCAUCACAAGGCCAGUAACUAAAGCAUGAAUAAAUGAAAGUGAGUUCCAAAAUGCACUUUCUUUUUUCCGAUGAAUCCUUUUAUUUAUUUUCCUUCUCUAAGCCAGCUAAGAAUCGAUCUGUACCUGCUAAGAGGAAGGUAUGUCAUGUUGAUAUCUUUAAGGACCGAGCACCUGGAAUUUUCCUUCUUUUAAUGUAUGCGAAGGUGUAAUGUCACACAUUGCUCUAGUGAAGAGACGUCUUCUAAUUAGUUGCUGUAAGAAAGAACAAACCUGGCUAAUAGUGGGCUGACCGACAGUCGACCUGCAAAAGUGAGCCCACAGCCCACGAGAUGGCGAGAGAUCAUGGAAUAGCAAAACCGUCAAUUUUAAAAACACAAUGAGAUAUGACAUACAUACUUGUCAAAUCUAUUUGUAAUCCUACGUAUGCACUUCAAAUUUAUUAGAAGUAAUUUUGUCAUGUGUAUCUCUGAGAAUAUUUAUAUUUUUAUUUACCAAUUUUUCUCUUUAUAUUACUCUAACUGGCAAGAUAUAUAUGCUCUACAAAAUCCACCUUUUGAUUCCCUGAUAUGAAUCAAUAGAAGAGAUUUGUUUAUGGUGUCAAAUUUCAGAGACAUUUUAAAUCAGAUAUCCAUGUAACCUAAAUGUCGAAUUUUGACAAGUUAAUUUGUACAUAUUUACUGUAGAUAUUUACGUGUUAUCAUUUCAUUUUCUGGAAUUUCUUACCAAAGAGCAUGUGUGUAUGUGCUAGUUAGAAAUAACUAAACCUGAAUACUAUCGUCGAUUAGGUCAUUAUUUAGUAGCAAAACAUAAUUAGGUCAUUCACUGUGCUUGUAUUUA